GUCACUGUGAGAUGGAUGGCAUGGAAGUCCGCUGCUCGAUUGGCAAUGAAUGUCUCUACGGCGGGUGCAUUCAUUACUCACUGAGAGCAAGCUUUUCCACUCAAUUCAUUCUUGUCCCUUUCCCGCCCGGCCCGCACGCACACAUGACCGACCAAGCAGCCAGCCAGCCAGUCAUCAGAGACCGCCCUUUGGCGCACCCCCUCAAUCAAGUGUCCAUUAUUAUGGCAUUCCGUCCGUGCGUUGCACAGUAUAAUAGACUCAUAUGUUAACAUACACGUGUGUGUGUGUGUGUGUGUGGCCACUCUCUAAAGCAAAUCGGGCAGGCACCUCACCUGUCUGUACCUUGAAAGGAUACCAGCUGCUCUCUCUCUCUCUCUCUCUCUCUCAGCUUUACUCACCUACUCAUGCGCAGACAAGAGUGAAUAUAUACGAUUGUACAGCUUAUGCACCAGACAGACAGACAGACAGACGGACAGACAGUCGGACACCAGGCAAGCACAGCAGACAGACAGCCAGACCGACAAGGCAAACAAAAGGCACACAAAUGCAGUCAAUGCAGACAGACACCGUGGGUGGGUGACUCGUGUGUCCAUCCAUCCAAUCCAGUCAACUGACGCCAAAAAUGGCCCCCAACCAUCCUCCCCCCUCCCCUCCCCCGGUGUGGUGUGCACAAGGGGUGGGUAGAUACCGAAAAAACACUAGCGCUACACCCACCCGCAGGCGGCACUGAGUGAGCCGCCCGGCGGUUCGGUUCGACUACUGACUGACUGUAUUGGUGACUCGCAGCCAGCGACCUUGAUUCGUAGGUAGAUACAGAAUAUACACACGUGUGCGUCUGCUUCCUCCCUCCCGAGCAAAGAAAGAAAUGGGCCAGACAGACGCAAGCAACUGACUGACACACGCACACACGUACAGACAUGGGUAUACACACAUACAUACGUAAGGUAAGACACAGACGAGGGGAUCUGAACAAUCACACACAAGACAGACAGGAAGCUGUGUCCAUCCAUCCAUGUGUGUGUGUGUGUGGACGCGACGCCUACAGCCCGCUCCACUCACCCACCUUGUAAGUGUGGUGUCAGUCAAGUCUACGCACCGGCCCCCCUCUUCUCGGGAUCCGCCGCGUCGCCCCCGUCCGCAUCUCCCUCCUCUGUGAUGGUCGUGAUGCCCCCACGGAAGGGCGACUCGUCCCCCUCACCCCCCUCGCCCAUCUCACGGGCCUGCGUGGGCCGCCGCACCCGAUGGGAACCGCCCUUGAGCGGCCGCGCAAUGUUUGCUCUCCGCGCGCUGCCUGGGGCGAUUGCCCCGCCGCCCGCCGAGCUGCCCGCCCCUGCAGCAGCGGCCCCUCCUGCGCCCAUGCCGGCCAUGCCGGCGAUGGUGCCGGUGCGGUACAUGUGUUCGACGGUGUUGGUGAGGUUGGCGCACUGCUGCAGGAGUUUCUCGUACUUGGCCUUUGCCUCCUUGAGGUUUCUCUCGAGCUGGGCGAUGCGCUGCUCCUUGCGCUGGAUCUUCUUGUCGUUGACCUGGCACUCCACCUUGAGCCCGCUGUUCUGGCUGACCAGCUUGUGGUACAUGAUGGUCAGCUGCUCCAGAUUCCGGUCCAGCUGCGAGACCUUGCGACGGAGAGGCCGCUCGCCGUCCUUGAGCAUCUCCUUCAAAUCCUCGGCCUUCUUGCGCUCCUCCAGCAGCAUGACCUUCAAGUCGGCCACCUGCUCCUGCUCACGCUGCAUGUCGGCCAGCAUCGCCUCACGCUCCUUGGCCCACGCACCGUCACCCUUGCCGUAAACGCCCUUGCGCAGGUCGUCGUUCUGCUUCUUGAGCUGCUCCAUCUGCGCCAGGGCGGACAGCUUGAACUUCUGCAGCUCGUGCAUCUGCUUCGACAGCUCCCCACCGGCAGCAGCAGCGUCCGUGCUGCCCGCUAGCUCCUCGCUCGCAGACGCCCCCUCCUGGCCCAGCAGCUGCUCGCGGAUCUUGGCGAUCUCUGAGCUGCCGGCCGCGGCCACCUUGGGCAUGUCGGCCACACGGUCCUCCGGGAUGGUGGGGACCGCCCCCGCCUUGGCCAUGCUGUCGAUCUCCUUGUCCUUUUCGCUGAUCUGGGCCAACAGGUUCUUCUGGCUGUCUUGCAGCACCUUGAGCUCGCUCUCGACGGCCUUGCGGGAGGCCUCGAGCUGCUGGAUGGUGUCGAGCUGCUCCUGUCGCUCGUACUGGAGCUGCUCGCAGGUGACGGAGAGGUCGGCGAUGCGGUUGACGAGUAUCUGGUUCUCAGCCUCGACAGUCUUCUGCUGCUCGUUGACGCUCUGUACGUGUCUGUUGAGCUCAGUGAUGGCCUCGCUCUGCUCCUUGAGCUCGGCCUUCUUCUGGUACAGCUCCUCCAUGAGCUGCAGGAACUCGCUCUCCUCGUCGGCCUCCUCCUCUGGCUUGGGCGGCUUGCUGAAGGUCUUCUCGCUCUUGCUGUGGUGCAUGCCCGAUGCUGCCGCGGCGGCCUCCGCGGCAGGGGCCUUGGAGAUGCCGCCCGGGACAGUGAUGCCGUUGGUGCGGAGGGUCUCCUCGAGCAGACGGAUGCGGCCCUUCUGCUCCUCGAUUGUCCGCUCAGCCUUCUCCAGCAACAUCUUCAGCUCCUCCACAGAACUGACGUCACGUCGUCCACACACAACACACACAAGGGGAAGUCCUAACUGUUGUAUGUGUCCCUCCCUGUGCCUUUGUUAUGUCUUCCUUCUCGCCCACUCACUCACUCACUCACUCACUCACCGUUCCUGGUUGACCUUGGCGACGUUCUUGAUCUGCUUGGCGCGCCAUCCGAAGCGCAGCGUGCUGAGGGUCUCGGCCUCGUUGUAGCUGGAGGGCGAGGCCGUGAUGAUCAGACAGGUCUUGCUGUUGCCGCCCAAUGACUCCUGCAAUAUUCGGGUCAGCUUGCUGUCGCGGUACGGCACGUGGGACGUCUUGGGGUCCGUGAGGGCGUUGAUCACAUUCCCCAAGGCCGACAGCGACUUGUUGAUCAUCUUGGCCUCGUCGAGGGUGCUGCCCGCCGCCCCGGUCUUGGCGACCUUCUCGCUGCCCGCCAGAUCGACCAGGUAGAGCUUGCCGACCUUGACGGAGAGGUCGUGAAGGUUUCGCUGGCUGAUGGAGAGGAUGAAGACCAAGUGGCUGCGGGAUGAGUGGGCGUUCAUGUUGGUGGCUGCGACGGAUCUGUUCUCCUGUCCGAUGCGCAUGAUGUCGAAGACGUCCUGCUCGCACGUGACGUACUCCUCGGUGAUGUCGCCCACGUAGAUGCCGUGCACCUUGUCCUCGUGCACCUUCAGGUUGUCCUUACUGGGGUCCAGCAAAUCACGGAUCUACACACACACACACACACACACACGCGUGCACACACAUCCUUGUGGUGUGUCGGUCGGGGAGUUGGUCCGCACGGGACGGGCAAUGUGAUGUAUGCGAUGUGCGGUGUGCACUUUGUUAAUAUAGGUCAGUAGUGACUGACCUUCUCCAUGUAGAUUUCGAGAAUGGCGACCUUGACAGUGAACUCGAUGUGUUCAUCAGCAGCGUCGACGCCCUCGAAGAUCGUGUUGACCAUACGCGGGAUGAUGCCGCGCUGCUCCUGGUCCUCUAUCACACCCUGAACAACACAACACACAACACAACACAACACACCCGUGUGGUAUGUGUGGUCUGUCUGAGUGGGCGCGGCGUGGCGUGGAGUCUCAGCUUCUCUCUCUCCUUGCCUGUGGUGGGUAAGGUAUCUACCUGCAUGGUGUGUGUUUUGCCUGAGGAUGUCUGUCCGUAGGCCAGGACGGUGCCGUUGAAUCCCCUCAGUACCGACUCGAUGAUGGGCCUCGCGGCGAAGUCAUACACCUGCCGCUGAGUGCAGUUCCAGUCAAAAGUCCUGUCAAAGACAAAGGUGCGGUCGUCCCCGGCAGACUUCUUGCCACCUACACACACACCACACACAGAGCCAACCACUCCUUCCAGCCUCUGCGAGGGAGUGCCUGUGUGUGCAUGGCUUCGGUUCCGACUGGCUGACCAUCGAGAAGUUGUAUAGUUUUUUCCUCUGGCACCUUGACACAAAUGAUGCCUCCCUCUCCCUUCUCCUUGUCGUUGAGGGGCCGCACGCGGCACACCACCUUGACGUUCUCAGCACUCAUCGUGUGGCUGGGCUGGCUGGGCUGGGGCGCUCAGAUAACAGACGAAGCUAGCUACACGAAUCAAGGAACAAACACACCACCCAGGCGACUGACUGACGGGAUCGAUUGUUCCAAGACUCACAAAACCAACACCAAACCGCUGCAGGGCAGCCCCGACAGCAGACGGCAAGCAGAUGGCACGAGCACCAAAGGCAGAUCGCUCGGGGUGGACGGGGGGCCCGAAAAAACAAGCAGCAAGGGGCGGAAAGGCCUCGGGAAGGGAG